AUGAUAGCGGCCAAAACGACGAAGGACUUGCCGUCUGCUGCUCGGAAUGGCCCUAUUAAUCAGAAGAUUCAUAUUAACGAGUCGCUUACAGCUAAUCGUAGGAAAUUGUUUGGUAUUAUGAAUGCUUUCAAGAAAGAACAUCACUAUAAAUACUUAUGGACAGUAAAUGGAAAGAUAUUAUUGCGAGAAUCCGAUAGUUCGAAAAUUCAUGGUUUUACUAGAUUAGAUGAAUUUAAUAAUUUUGUUAAGAAUCAAUGA